UACAACCAAUGAAUCCAAUUACAAUAGCACACCCACCAACUUUACUCACUCCAGCUUCCUAAAGGAUGGACAUCAAAUGUAUGUCUUGUUACUAUUUCCUGUUCUUACUCUUGGUCACAACUAGCAAUGGGAGAGAGCUCACUCUAGCUCUAGAAGAUGAAUUUGAUACAUUCAACCUGAGCCUGUGGAAGCAUGAGAUUACACUCACUGGAGGAGGUAACUGGGAGUUUGAAGCAUACCUCAACAAUCGUUCAAACAGCUUUGUAAGAGAUGGUGUAUUGUAUAUCAAACCAACACUGUUGGAGGAUCAGAUUGGGUUAGCUAAUGUUGAAAAUGGUUUCACUAUGGAUAUAUGGGGAGGGGCUCCGGCUGAUCUUUGCACUCAAAAUGCUUUCUUUGGCUGCUUACGUAAAUCAGAGAAGUACACAGGAGGAUCUAUACUGAAUCCUAUCAAAUCUGCUAGACUCAGGACAGCGGAGAGUUUUAAUUUCAAAUACGGGAAGAUUGAAGUAAAGGCCAAGCUACCAAUAGGUGACUGGUUGUGGCCAGCAAUAUGGAUGCUACCAAGACACAACCAAUAUGGAGUAUGGCCAUCAAGUGGAGAGAUAGAUAUCAUGGAAUCAAGAGGUAAUGCUAUUGGUUAUUCUGAAGGAGGCUAUGACAGUUUUGGAUCAACACUGCACUGGGGAAUUGACUAUAUGUACAACUUCUUUCCUCAAACUCAUAAAUCAGUUACCAUAGGGACCACUUUAGCUAAUGACUUCCACGUGUACGGCCUAAUAUGGAAUGAGACAUACAUUGGCACUUAUUUUGAUGAUGAGUCCAAUGUUGUUUUAAGUGUACCAAUAAACCAGUCUUUCUGGUCUAGGACAGGACUAUCAACAACGUAUUGGGACAAUCCUUGGGUGGGUGCUGGUAACAACGCUCCUUUUGAUCAAGAGUAUUACCUCAUUAUGAAUGUAGCAGUGGGUGGAACCACUGGGUUCUUCCCUGACGGACCUCAUAAGCCGUGGAACAAUACAAGUCCUACUUCUGUCAACCAGUUUUAUGAUGCAAAGUCCUCAUGGUAUCCAACUUGGGAUGGUGACAAGAGUGCAUUGAAGAUUGAUUCAGUAAGAGUUUGGACUUAUUCAGAUGGAGCUACCAACUCUCCUGGUUCAGGAGGUGCCAAAGAAACCGUCUCACCAUUUCUUGUUAGUUUAUUUCUAAUACUUGCACUAUAUGCAACUGCUACUGUUAUGUAAUAGUAUAUACUGUUACUUUUAACUGGUAGUAUUCUGCUGAAGUUUUUUAAAAUGAUGUUGCUUUCACUUAAAAUUAAUGCAAAAAUGAGUCAAAUCUAUUUUUGUUUCUUGUCAUUUUUUGCUUUA